CACAUGCAGCGCGGAGGAGAGGCGAGGGAGCGCGCGAGAGGGAGGGGGCAGAGCAGGAGAGGCGGAGGGGGAAGGAAGGAAGAAGCCGGUUAACGACGUCACAGGCGCCGUCGCGAGGAGCCCUUGCGCCGCGGUCCGGGGAAGGGGAGCCGGAGCGCGGGAGGCGGCGGCCAGGCCUGAGCCGCAGGAGGGGCGGUGGAGGAGGAGGAGGAGGAGGAGGGAGAAGAUGGCGGACGAUCCCAGCGCUGCCGACAGGAACGUGGAGAUCUGGAAGAUCAAGAAGCUCAUCAAGAGCCUCGAGGCGGCGCGCGGCAAUGGCACCAGCAUGAUAUCACUGAUCAUUCCCCCCAAAGACCAGAUUUCACGAGUGGCAAAAAUGUUAGCCGAUGAGUUUGGUACAGCAUCCAAUAUUAAGUCUCGAGUGAAUCGCCUUUCGGUCCUUGGGGCCAUUACAUCUGUACAGCAACGACUAAAACUUUAUAACAAAGUACCUCCGAAUGGUCUGGUUGUUUACUGUGGAACAAUUGUGACGGAAGAAGGAAAAGAGAAGAAAGUGAACAUUGACUUUGAACCUUUCAAACCAAUAAAUACAUCCUUGUAUUUGUGCGAUAAUAAAUUCCAUACAGAGGCCCUCACAGCACUACUGUCAGAUGACAGCAAGUUUGGCUUUAUUGUAAUAGAUGGUAGCGGUGCACUCUUUGGCACUCUUCAAGGAAACACCCGAGAAGUGCUGCAUAAAUUCACAGUGGAUCUUCCAAAGAAGCACGGAAGAGGAGGUCAGUCUGCCUUGCGUUUUGCUCGCUUGAGGAUGGAGAAACGGCACAACUAUGUAAGGAAAGUAGCGGAGACGGCUGUGCAGCUGUUCAUUUCUGGCGACAAAGUGAAUGUGGCUGGCCUCGUGUUAGCUGGAUCGGCUGACUUUAAAACUGAGCUGAGCCAGUCAGACAUGUUUGAUCAGCGAUUGCAGUCCAAAGUACUAAAGCUAGUUGACAUCUCAUAUGGUGGCGAAAAUGGGUUCAAUCAAGCCAUUGAAUUGUCCACUGAGGUUCUGUCUAAUGUGAAAUUCAUUCAAGAAAAGAAACUAAUAGGCCGGUAUUUUGAUGAAAUCAGCCAGGACACGGGGAAGUACUGUUUUGGUGUUGAAGAUACUCUAAAAGCCUUAGAAAUGGGAGCAGUAGAGAUCCUGAUAGUUUAUGAGAAUCUGGAUAUAAUGAGAUACGUUCUCCAUUGCCAAGGCACAGAAGAGGAGAAGAUACUCUAUUUGACACCGGAACAAGAAAAAGAUAAAUCCCACUUCACAGAUAAAGAGACCGGACAAGAACACGAACUGAUAGAAAGCAUGCCCCUCCUCGAGUGGUUCGCAAACAACUACAAGAAAUUUGGAGCCACAUUGGAAAUCGUGACAGACAAGUCACAGGAAGGAUCCCAGUUUGUGAAAGGAUUUGGUGGAAUUGGAGGUAUCUUGCGGUACCGAGUGGACUUCCAGGGCAUGGAAUACCAAGGAGGAGACGACGAAUUUUUUGACCUCGAUGACUACUAGGUAGUCGACCUGGGUCUGGCAAAAAGGUGCCUCACCCCUCCAGCAUCCAACCCAAGGAGCAAACUCGCGAUGGAAAACAAAACAGAUCCCUGCCUUAGAAUUGGAGUAUUUCCAGGACUCUAUCCAGAAACACCGGGUUGAAAACAAAAAACCGAAACCCCUACUGAUUUGUCAUAGUGUCAGUACAGCAGCAAAUCUACUACAUUUCUAUAAUGCCAUUUUGGACUAAUUUAAAACAAAGAAAUCCCAAUUUUUACUUUUACUUGAUGGUGAAAUUGGUUGCUCUCGUAUUUUAUGAAAAUGAUUUUUUUAACCUUCAUGCUACAUUAACUGCUGUAAACCUUCAUUUUUUGGGGGGGGGGAGAUUAAUAGAAAGAUUAUACUGGUUUGUUUCUUAUUUUGAUUGGAGACAAUUUAUGGCUGCAUUUUGCAGUGACACGACCCAUUUCCAUGGCGUUCUUGGCUUAGACUGCAGCAGAAGAAUCCGGGGGUGGGGGUGGGGAGAAAGAGAUUGUUCCCAUUGUUCUCGCUCUGUGAUGGUGGAGGGUCUGAGGAACUGAAUACCGUGGCAUGCCAGCUUGACAGGUGUGACGUGCACAUUCAGAUGGCCUGGGAAGUCCACCGAUGUGGGGUUUUUUUUUUAAAAUUCUUACAAUCGCGACACCACUGCUUGUUAUAAAUCCAGAAAGUACGUUUUCAUUCACAGCGAUUGAAAUGCCAGGGUCUCAGCAGGCUUUUGAUUGGGGAUGUGAGUUGUGCGGCCUUUACUCUUCCCUCUUGUCAGUCAAUAAACAGUUUCCACAAGCAAGCCUAACGCUUCUUAUGCUUGGUUCUAUUCUUGUUAUUAGGGUUUGGGUGGUGUCUUUUUUUCCCCUUUAAAUACUUUUUUUUUCCCUUUUGCUUCGGGGACUGCAUGUCUUGAUGGAUCGACAAGUUUUUAAAAAAUCACCCUGCUUUCAGUGCAAGCAGCUAGCAAAUCGUGACUGACUUAAUCCUUGGCACAGGUGGCUUUGAAGCAUCUGUUUUUAAAAAUUGGGUUUUGGGUUUUUUUAGAAGCUUGGCGCCAAAGGUUCGCUUUCAACACUGUGGAAUAGCAGACGAAAGGCAGGCAGCUCACCUUCCUUAUUAUUCCCACCCGGAACUGGCUAGUUUUCUGAAGGAUACUCUGAUGUUUUAGUGCCUAGCUCUGUUCACCUUUGACUCCAGUCUCUCUCUUUCUCUCUCUCUCUCUCUCUCUCUCUC